CGCAAAAGCCCGUGUGUGUGCCGUGCAAAAAGAAUCACAAGCUGCGAUUUGCAAUCAAAUCGAAAGUUUAGAAAAAAACACUUUCUUUCGCGAUAACAAAUUCUUUCCCCACUUGAAAAUGGCGCUCCACUUUGCCCUUCGCGCGUCCUGCCGCAACUCGGCUCCGAUCUUCGUGUCCCUGCUGAACAGUUCCGCCAGGACUGCCGCCGCUCCGUCGGGCAUCGCUUCCGCUUCCCGUGCCCUGCUGGCCAAGCCAGCGACCGUCGCCACCACCUCGCUGAGACAGUUUGCCGUGAGUGCGGCGCGUCGUUCCGCGGCCGGCGGAAGCCACAUCGCGCUGUGGAACGCCGAGCGGGCGCUUUCGGUUGGCCUGCUGGGGGUCAUCCCGGUGGGACUGAUGUUCCCGUCGCAGGUCGGGGACGCCCUGAUUGCCAUCAGCGUCGUGAUGCAUCAGCAUUGGGGUCUGGAGGCCAUCGUGACCGAUUACGUGCGGCCAAUCUUGUUCGGAACGCUGGUGCCCAAGCUGGCCCACGGACUGCUGCUGCUUGUUUCGGCUGCCACCCUCGGAGGUCUGUUCUACUUCAUCCACAAUGACAUCGGAAUCGCCAACACCAUCCGGAAGAUCUGGUCCACCAAGCCGAAGGCUUAAGCCGUGAUUGAACAGCUUUAAAUUAUUUCUUAGCAGCUAAGCAGAAAGAAGGGAAUCGUUCGGAUGAGGAAACGCUACACACACACAGGAAGUGAUCACGAUCUUGAGUCGCCGAGCGAAAGCAAAUUUGAAUAACAAAGUUAUGUCUCUUAUUUCAAAGUAAAUACAUUACUGUAUAUCGAGUCGAAAGA